AUGGAGUCCUACAAUCGUAGAGUUUUCUUGCCAUCUAAAGAUGCCACCAUCUUUGGCACAAAUUAUGGCUUCAGUACCAAAACUUUAAGUGCAAGAGCAUUCACAGCUUGUGAGCAAACCAUCUGGACUAGCUUUUCAACUCUGAGUUGUAGAGAGGCCGGUAAGAUCCAGAAAGGGCAGAGUUUAAUGAUGAUCUUGACAAUCCAUCAGAAAGUGAGCUCAAUAAGCAAAAUUUGGUCCUAUGAUUCUGUUUAUGUAUCGUCUGUGGACAGGCAAAAUUAUCCCGGCACAGGAUCUGUCAUGCUGCACUUGGAAGGAGUGAGCAUUGGAUUUUCUCAUUCAUCCUUGGCAAUGCGAACAUCCGACACAAGUGCAGAAGUCUCUGUAUGGACAAGCGACUCCAGCAUUCACGCAAAGAGCUCAUCCGGUGCAAGUCGUUCCUGCAAACUUGAAGUCACAGUGAAUCUCAUUGCGGGGACUGGUACUGAAACGAUCUCUUUCGUCAAACCCCAGAUCCAUAGCAACUUUACCAAAGUCAAUUUUCCCUUCACUGGAUCUUCUAGAAUCUCUGUUCAUGGGAGCAAUUUUGCACACACUUCAAUGAGUGCAGCAAUUCGAUCACAUGUUUCAAACAGCCAGACGACAACUUGGCAAUCUCAGACAACGAUUAUGUGCAAGGUUUCCGCAGGCUUUGCGAAUUCCAUGCAAGCUCGAAUCACAUUGCUUCUGAAUCUUGGCUCUUCUUCGGAAAUUUUGUCUUACGAUAACCCAGAAGUGAAUAGAAUCCAAUCAAAUCCUUGUGGGCUAUCAACAAAUUAUACAGACAGAUUCUCUCAGGACAUUGUGGGUUGCAGACACUGCAGUACUCGCAAUAGCAGCAUCGGGGACGGGCCAGUCUUCCAAGCCUCAAGCAUCAAAAUAUUUGUAUGGAUUUUUGAAUGGAUUUCCAUGCAGCAGUGUCAAGGUAGAAGUACGGAAUUUACUGCAUCGGAGGCUUCAAAGUGGUUAAGCGAUACCUUUAUUACAAUCAAAAGCUCUCAUGGAAUCAAGAAUUUGAGAUCAGUACUUCUGACCAGUGGUUCCAGGACUCCAAGUACGCUCUCCAAGGCCGUGUCUUUCGAUUCUCCAUUAGAUACAGGCGUCAAGCCGGAAAGCCGCCCAGCCACUGGACUGAGCAUCGUCACUGUGAUCGGAAUGGACUUCGCCCAGUAUGACUCAACAACCCGAGCGAGAUUUGGUGGGACAAAUUGUGAAACUACAAUGUGGACUAGUUCCACUUCAGCUUCAUGUCUGCUUGCAAGUGGAGUUGGCUCGGCACAUUCCAUCACCUUCACAACGGGUGUGCAGAUUUCCCCAUAUUCCUACGGUGAUCCACCGGUAGUAAAGGAAUUCCAGUUUUCGUAUUCAAUGCCGAUUCUUUUGUACACCAAGACAAAUACUGGUAAUUCUGCACAUGGCAACACUCGAGGGGGUUGGACUUUGACUAUCGAAGGUGCAAACUUUGGAUUCUUUGCAGACCUCAUCAGAAUUGCUGUUUCGAGCACCUUGUGGACCCAAGACUCGACCCUUGGUAGAAUUGAGUGCAAGCUUCCUCGAUCCUCUCUGUGUGUAGGCUGUGGUAAUGCUCAUGUUCGUGACGAUCAAGUACUCUGUAUCGUUCCUGCUGGGGAUGGUAAUGCUAUAUCGGUGACUGUAGCUGAUAGUGAUCAAACUUCCUAUCUGUCAAAUGGUUUCUCGUACUCGAGACCGAGAAUCUACUCAGUCAGCAGCAACGAUGACUGUGCCCAAGAGAAUUGCGGGAACCUCGCGGUGGUGGAAUCUCUGGCUUACACUACGUCUCCUUCAGAGGGAGAUGUCACUGUCAAUAGAAUCUUGUAUAUUGAAGGUGAUAAUUUCGGGGUCCCCAUACCGCUUGAGGGAUCCACGAUGCUCUCGAAGCAGUCCCUUGCGACUGUGUAUGUCGGUACGCGGGUAUGUGAAAAUACUGCCAUCAGGUCGGGAGGGACUCAGAUCACGUGUACCUGGCCAAAAUUAGUUUCAGGGGCAAUAGGGUGCAGCGCUGAGAAGGUUGUGGUAGAAGUUUCUGGUCAAAGAAGUUCAACUUCAUCCAAACAUUCUGUCCUUUCAAUUCAGCCUCAGCCUAUAGUCGUGCCUUUCAACCCGAAUAAGAAAGCUUGCGCCUGGAUAGAUGGUGAUGGAGCUGGAAUGACAAUAACCUUCGGAAAGCGAGACAGUAGCACUGUAUGGAGUGCGACAAGAACAAAUCAAGGAAGACCGUAUAAGGCACGGCCAGGAAGUCGAUCCGAUGAUUUUGAAGAUGACUGCAAUAACAGACCUCUGCCUUGGCUCUCCACCAGUUGUUCACACUACCUAGUUUCGAUAACGCUGGUGGAUUUGAAGACUUUGCUGGGUGAGGGAGCUCUAUGCAGAUGGCUAAAUCCAGCAGUUCUCCACGUUGCUUUCGGAUUCGGAACCACGGUCUUACCUGUAUUCAACCCUCCAGCUACAAUGCGUAUUCGACCUGGUGUAGUCUUCGCUCACGGGGCACCGUCGUAUUCGUCAGAUUCAGACAUUCUGAUGGAACCGCCCACAACACCUCGACCACUCUAUGAUCAGUCUCAGACGACUUACGCUUAUGCGGCAAAGCCAAGGGUGAACCUUCAUGGCAAAUCAACUUUCGGAGCUUGCGAUCCUUUACUUCUCAAAGCAGAAGUUGACUUUGCCAGCGGGUCACGUAGCAAGGGGCUUUUGUUCACUUGGUCAAGUAAUCCCGACAUCACGGCUGUAAGAAGAGCAUCCGGAGAGGGUUUGAAAUACUCCGUGUUACAAGUUUCUCCAGACGAUCCAGAGUUUGACUCUGGACAAAUUUACAUAAUCACAGUGGCUUCAAUAUCCAAGACAGUCCAGCGCGAGGAUGUCAAACUACCAACAGUGGAAAUUUUGGGCGAUCCCAUCAGGCGAAUACGUAGAAAUGGCCCGCUCGUGAUUUCUGCGCAAGCGUAUUUGCCUCCGUGCGUUGGGAGGCUUUGCUCUUGUUUAGAUACAAGAAACGAUUAUGGAUGGGAUGGAACAACUUCUGCUGUCCUUGAUAUACAAUGGUCUACAAUCGGACAACCCUCAAACAGCCUGUUAACUAAACAAGUGAGCAUUGUGACGACAAGUGUGGUGAUAAUCUUGGAGGAAACUGUCCGACAACUAGAUAUUGGUGCAAACUACACGAUACAAGUCGAGGCUGGUGUAUGGACAGGUUUCAAAGAAGACUCUGUUGAACGAUAUGCAUCUAUUGCUCAGGUCCAAAUAGUUCCAGUCAAGAUUGCACCUGUCUCCAGAAUAAGAGGUGGAAACCGGAGAAUUCUCCAGGACAGCAGAAUUAUUCUUGACGGAACAGACAGCUGGGAUCCAGAUUGGAGACGGAAUGACCCGAGAUUUAAAUUUGAAUGGUUUCUCGAUUGCGAAACUAUGUAUCUACAGAUUGAGCAAUACUUGAAAGAUGCAUAUCUUAAGAACUCGAAGGAUUAUAUCACUCAGUGCCGAUCAAGCACAUUAAGCACACUUUUGUAUAAUUUGAAUCAGGCCAACACGGGAGGGCUACCUGUAUUUGAUACCCUCAACACCGGUUUCAGUACAAUAUCUGAUAGGAAAUCCGAUUUUGAGCGAUUUCAUCCUGCCGGAGCUAGCUAUUUCUUUCCUAUCCUGAUAAUUAUCGGAUUAAAGGUGACGGAUGUGGAUGGAGCCAGCGGAUAUUCGACUAGUCACAUUCAAUUUGAAGCCGCGAUUGAAGAGGGAGGGAAUUUCCCCAUCGGACUAGAACCUCUCUUCAUUAGCCAGCCAUUGCCAAAUAAUCCAAUCAUUUUCCGGGUUGACUCUGCAACUUAUAUCAAUGUCCUUACAAGGAUUCCGCUCAUAGGAUCAGUGUCAGCUGUUGGAGUGUUGGAGGUACAGGGACAAGCCUUUCAGCCGCGAACGCAGUACAAAAUCAGCUUGUCUGCCUCGUGGCCGAGUGGGAGGUACAGCACGACUUGGCUCAAUUUUACAACGGCCGACUCACCUCGAGGAGGCUCGUUGGAGGUCUCAACAAUGAAUGGAACGGCCAUGGUAGAUCGGUGGAGCGUCGACUGUAACUUGUGGACGACGACGGAUCCGGACUUGCUUCCUCUCACAUAUUCCUUUGCCACCAACGUAGGCGGACGUAUAGGGGAGAUCAGGAUAAGAGAGCACCAGCCCUCGGCGCAUCAUGACAACUUCGUUCUUCCCUCAAGCCGUGUGCUCACUAGCGUACCGGGAGUCGGAACAAUCCUCUGCCGCGUGAACUGUAGCGUGAUCCUCAUUGCCGAGAUAAGAGACCUCCUGGGUGCGACAUCCAGGGUCAACAAAACUGUCCUGGUGACCAGGCCAGGAUGUCUCAGUGCUGUCGACGCAUGUUCCGCGAAUGCUAUGUUGUCCAUCGUUGACACUGCACUCCAAUCCAUCGACGUUCAAUCUGCUGACUUACAACCAUUGAAUUAUUUGCUUCUCCUAAUCACGAUCGAGGUCUCGGAUGUGGACCUGUUUUCAUACAAUGGUACGGUUGGGGCUCAAUUGGUAGAAGCGAGGUCUAGAAGAGCCGAGAGUAACGAAGUUCCAUCCAAGUUCAGCGAAGUUGCUCUGACGAGUAGGAAUCCCUCCGAUGAACGUCUUCCGAAGAGAGAUAAAGAAACUGUCGAGUACCUCAAGAGCCUGGUGGAGGCUGGCAUGUAUGAGGCCCUCGCUGAGGAUAUUGCAAUGGCCUUGUCAACAGAGAGUGACAACGUACAGGUCGAACCUGUGGGCGUAGACAACGCCUGA